UUUUUGUUUUAGGGUUUUCAGUCGCUGAGAAAACUUUUGAUUCAUUCUUUCAUUCAUCUUCUUCUUCUUCUUCAAGCAGAGACGCUCCCUCAAACUCAACCGACAUGGAUCCUAACCUCGCCAACAACCCUGAAUUGCUUCAAUUCCUCAACCAAGAGAAAGAAAGAGCGAUGGUGAAUGAAAUGGUGGCAAAACUAACAAGUGUGUGCUGGGACAAAUGCAUCACUAGCUCACCUGGAAGUAAGUUCAGCUCAAGCGAGACUUCUUGCCUCACUCAUUGCGCGCAACGCUACAUGGAUAUGAGUAUGAUCAUCAUGAAACGCUUUCAGUCGCAGUAACUUCGAUGAGAAGUUGAUUCUCAUACUUGUUUCCGAUUUUAUUAUCCUUUUGUUGCUCUUGGCAAGUGUUGAACUCCUUUUCACUCUAGUGAUUUUGCAAAGAGUAUUCUCGGAUAUGUGUUUUUAGGAAAUCUUUAUGGUUUGGUUAUGUGAUUGAGAUUGUUAUUGAUGGCUAGUUAUAUGUAUUCAGAAACAAUUGUGGGAUAAUGUGAUUUUAGUAA